GUAUAGAGAUCCUUUCUCGUUUUAAUGAUCAGUCCACGGGAGCUCCUCCACCUGACAGGACUCGGCCACCUACUCGCUCACACUUUUAAAGCCACUCCGGAUCACUGAACAAGAUCCGAAGACACCUCGCAGUAUCAGAGACUCCCUCGUCUGAAAAGAAAAAGAAGGCUGCUAAUCCGAUCAGUGGUGCCGGCACACAUGCAUCCGUGCCAGCUGUGAGGAGGCUGGGUCCAAGCUGGAGAGGCUGACUGAGAAUGGAAUGGAAUCUCAGAAGAAUGGAAAGUGAAUUGAGACACAUCAACCCAGACUUGCUGCAGCCCAGCAAGAGCUUCAAGAAGCCCACGUCAGGCACCAUCACCGUCAAUGUCGGUGGCUUCCUGUACACUGCUCACCGGAGCACCCUGGCUAAGCACCAGGGUACUUUUCUAGAAGAGUUGGCCAAUGGUAAGAAACCCGUCCAGCACAUGGAUUCCAUGGGAAAUCCGUUCAUCGACAGAGACGGUCCGGUUUUCCGGCAUGUGCUCAACUACCUGCGAACUGGAGAGCUGCAGCUACCUGACGACUUCCGGGAGGCGGGGCUCCUCCGGAGGGAGGCCGAUUUUUACCGUCUGGUUGAACUUGGAGAAGCCGUGGCCGAGUGGGAGACUCACCGGGCUGCCCGGCGGGAGCCCGCCUUCUUGGAGAUGACCGAUAGCCAUGAGAGGUCACAAGGUCUCAAGGUGUAUUGCAGCGAUCCCGCCUUCCUCGACAAGGUCAAAGGUCGACUGGUGCAGAUCUCAAAGAGUCGCCUGGACGGCUUUCCGGAAGAGUUUGAGGUGUCAUCCAACGUGAUCCAGUUCAGACAUUUCAUCAAGUCGGAGCCGGGCUCGCGGCUGGUGCUGAAGGAGGACAGCACAUUCUUGUGCACGCUUGACUGCCUGAAACUAGAGACGGUGAUGCUCGCCUUGAAAUCUGGCUUCAGGUUGGUCACCAGCCUGGAUAGCACCAAAGGCUCCGUCGUGGCAGCGGAAGCCUUGCAUUUUGUCAAAUAGGCUGACGGGAGGGAGAGAUAGAAGAAAGAGGAGAUAUGUGGCGCCACGAGGGAAAAAAAAACAGAAGAAGCAGUGCCUGAUUUCACAUUUAAUUUGGGCUCGCUUGAAAGUCUUGUAAUGCGUGUUGAGCUGUGAUUCGUUAUUAGCGGAAAAAGAAAUGAACAAGAUGAAUGCGCUUUCAUGUGGUGUUUAUACUGUGUAGUCAAAAAACUUAUUGCGCAACAGCAGAUCACAAUCAAAGCAUUCAAUCUGGCUGGAAUAGGCUAUUUUGACUCUGACUACAUUUUAAGAGUCCCCACAGUGCCCCAAAAGUGAGAUUCUCAACACCAGAGGUUCCUUUCCACAUUUCCUGCUUCUGCUGCUUUUGCAAUAGCCGCAGCCCUUCGAAAUGACUCGUGACCGUCGUGCCAUUUGGCUUUUACUUAAGUGUGGGUGUUACAAUACAACGUGUGUACUUGGUUGACUAGCUAGGUUUGACGUCCUAAUCGGAACCAGCAUCUGUUUCUCUUUUCCUUGCAUUCAGCUAAGUUUAGCGCAAACAACUGUGACCGUUGUAAGGGCUUUCAAUCGAGCAUAUGUGCGCUCAAUACAUUUUGUGUUGGUGCUGUGAGCCUCUGUGUAGUCAGUGCAUCAAUCAUGACGACGUGAAUAUUUUAUGAAUAAAAUGAUGCUGAAACACUCA